AUGAAUCCACUUCCAAUGAGACCAGUGCAAUCAAAGGCGAGCCAUUCUAUGAAGAGACUGGUGCUCUGUAGACAUGGAGAGACGAGUGCCAACUACAAGAAGCUGCUACAAGGACGAGGAAUUGAUUUGCCUCUAAACGAACGUGGUGUGGUUCAAGCCAAAUCACUCGCCGAGAGAUUGAGAACUGAGACUGUGGCAAGAAUUCGUCGGUACUUCAAACCUGAAGGCAUGUCAACUACACGUCAUCGAGCACAAGAAACAGCCAAAAUAGUGCGCCAACACCACCCAGCCGCCACCUGGUUUGAAAACCCAGAUCUAGCUGAAAUAUCGUGGGGUGCUUGGGAAGGUACAACUGCGACGGAAGAUGUUGAAUCCCUGCUCCGGAAUUGGGAUGAAGGAGACUAUGAGGCGUGUGCUCCUGGAGGUGAAUCGCCGUUUGUGGUGGAAGAGCGCUCCGUGUCGCUCAUCUAUAACUUGAUACGGGCGAGGCAGGAGGAUAAUCUAGUGUUUAUUCUACACGGCCGCCUCCUACGCAUCAUAAUGUCCUCCCUAAUCCACCGCAACCUAUCACAAAUGGAUUCCUUCCGACAUCAUAACUGUAACAUCAACGUCCUCGAUGUUGAAAUCAUGGAUCCAGCAUCAUCUUCGCAGCUGUCGAGUGAGGUGCAACCUGUAGAUCAGGAAACGAGACGGGCUACUGGAUCUGCUCUGUCGCAUCCACAGGAUAUGAAGAUAACGGCUACGAUAUUAGAUGACUGUACGCAUUUGACUGAUUAUCUUUUGUAA